AUGUAUUAUGAUGUAACAUUAAUUUCAUCAAUGGAAGAUUCUUUGACUGUUAUUUUGUCAACAAUAUCUGAAACACUAAACAAUGAUAAAAUGAAAGCAUUUGAAACAAAACACAAGGGUCUCUAUUGCUUUAGUUUUCCUUAUAAAUUAAGUUUCCGUCUACAAAAUGAAGCUCUAGAGAAUAUUCAGUUAUUUUAUACAGUUAAGAAGCAGCAAAUUUAUUAG